AUGAAGAAAAUUCAACAGGAAGACGAUCUUCGAGACAAUAUUAGAGCCAGUCUUCCUUAUAGUGAAAAUGAUUUCAAUGAGUUUGUUCAGAUUGAUGACCAAGUUAUGACUGUCGAAUACCUGGAUAAUGAUGCCAUUGCAGCUGCUAUAUCUUCGGCAGUUGAUACUGAUGAUGACGAAGAAAAGAAAAAUAAAGAUGAAGAAUCUGUCGGUAUGGAACUGAUAUCAACUCCAACCUAUCAGAAGCACUUCGACAUAUUUACAGCGUUCGUCAUUUCCUUCAGACACGAAAUACUCCGCAGCGUGUGCUAG